UUGCUCUGUGUGUGUGAAGGGAUGGUGGUGGAUAGGGGUGUAUCUGUGUAUGAUAAUGACUAACAUUCAGGCACUUAUUUCUGUUGUGUGGUUAAAGAGCAGGGAACACAGAAGAAAAUUACACAAAAGUAAAGGGAAUAUAGUAAGUAAGCGCGAGUAUAGGCGGGAGAAAGGGCUAGCCAGAGUGGGAAGGAGAGGAGAGAUAAUGGAGGAAGCUGGCUACACGAUCAAUUCAGGGUUUUUAUUAACUAGCUUUAGAAGGCACAGCACAAGGACAUGGCUUGUAAGGCUGGUAGGUAAGUUUGUGAUACAAAUUAUGAUAGGAGGUUGCAUGCUAACCAAACAAAGGACAUUUCGCAAUACCUAUGGAACAGGAUAUACAAGGCCACAUAGGAAGUAUUCUAAGGAAAGUAUAGCAUCAUAAACGGUCUGAUUGGCAAUAAACAUACAGGCUAGAACGUUAGCAUUGUACAAUUCUCCAUACACAUAAAGGGCACUUACUUAAGAGUGAGGGACGCCCAACAAGGGACUUGGGCUGCCCCAUGCCACCACACACUGAACAAACACUACGGAAACACAAGCUACUUUAUACCAGAGGAACGGUGAUUAUCAGAGGGAGUUAAGGUGUGGUGACUUGGCAGCAGAUGUGGGACGUCCAGAGGGUAGCUGGGGAGUCGGGGCAAUGGCAUGAUCCUCCAGAACAGUCCAAAGUUGACCAAGUGGUGCGUUCUCUGAGGUGAUCAUGGCCAGAGAGAAGGCCACAGGGAAGAUGGUUGCAGUGAAGUGCAUCCCAAAGAAAGCACUGAAGGGAAAAGAGACCAGCAUUGAGAAUGAAAUCGCCGUGCUUAGGAAGAUAAAACAUGAGAACAUUGUGGCUUUGGAGGACAUCUAUGAGAGCUCCAACCACCUAUACCUCAUCAUGCAGUUGGUGUCUGGUGGGGAGUUGUUUGACCGCAUCGUAGAGAAGGGUUUCUACACAGAGAUGGACGCCAGCAGGCUCAUUAAACAGGUGCUUGAUGCUGUCAACUACCUCCAUGCUAUGGGCAUCGUACACAGAGACCUCAAGCCAGAGAACCUGCUUUACUACAACCCCCGUGAUGAGGCCAAGAUCAUGAUCAGUGACUUUGGUCUGUCUAAGAUGGAGGGGACAGGAGACGUGAUGGCCACUGCCUGUGGGACACCAGGAUAUGUGGCCCCAGAGGUUCUGGCUCAGAAGCCCUACAGCAAAGCAGUGGACUGCUGGUCUAUCGGAGUCAUCGCUUACAUUCUGUUGUGCGGUUACCCUCCAUUCUAUGACGAGAAUGACUCGAAGUUGUUUGAGCAGAUACUCAAGGCAGACUAUGAGUUUGAUGCACCCUAUUGGGACGAUAUAUCGGAUUCAGCCAAAGAGUUCAUCAGCUCUCUGAUGGAGAAAGAUCCAGAGAAGAGAUUCACCUGUGACCAGGCUCUAGUCCACCCCUGGAUUGCUGGGGACACGGCUCUCUGCAAGAACAUCCAUGAAUCAGUCAGUCGGCAGAUGAGGAAAAAUUUUGCCAAAAGCAAAUGGAGGCAAGCGUUUAACGCCACGGCAGUGAUUCGUCAUAUGAGGCGCUUGCAGCUGGGCAGCAGUCUGAACAGUAGCUUUGGCAGCAGUAUGAGCUUUGACCAACAGGGACCGAACUCUAUGCUGGCCAAGAGCAUGUCUGUAGACUGUGCCACCCUCUCACGCAAAGACGGUCCUCCACAACCUCUGCCCACUCUGCCUCUCUCCACUGCAGCCUGCAGUGCCCCUGGCAGCAUCAGAGGGGAACCACAGGCAGAACACCAGGUUGUGGCUCCAGCUGCAGCAGUGGAGCCACCCCGGCCACGCCCCUCCACAGUCACCACCAUCCACAUGGGGACUAAAUGACGUCAGGUUCCGCGGGAGGUCAGUUGGGAGACCACAGAGCUUUGAGUUGGGAUUCUAAUUCGGCCCCUCAGAAUUCCAGAAUUUCUCUCCUAGUCUGCCCAUCCCGCCCAUUAUCAGCUGUUGGGAUUGAGGACUUGAGGACCCCUUCUAUUUACCAUGGCUCAGCACUUACUGCGUUCUCAGGGUAGCACUCUGUCUGUACCCAGCCACAGUAAGUGUAUUCAGAGAUGUGAAAUAAAAUGAAGAGGGCUCACAGUUCCUAUUCUAUCAAACAGACAAUCAUAUCUGUUCUACAUGAUACAUUCCUAUUUGAACGUUCUACUUCCUAACGGACCACAGGUCUGGUGGUGAAGAGAUGAGGAGGACCACUGUCUCUCUCUCUCUCUCUCUCUCUCUCUCUCUCUCUCUCUCUCUCUCUCUCUGUCUCUGUCUCUGUCUCUGUCUCUGUCUCUCUCUGUCUACUGACCAUAGGGUUUCAUUUUUUCGGGCCAGUUUCCCAGUGUUUAAAUUGGGUUGGUGCACUCGGUACGGAGUAAUUGCAACAGAAAAUGUUCACCUCUUAUAGAAUGUUCACUCUAAAAUAUGAACACGGACAUUAAAAUAUUGUACUGUAAAAUUAAAAUGAGCCUGGUUCCUGAAAUGAAUACCGGCAUCUUUGUCAUUCCACUUCAUGCCGUGUUGUAAGACUGUCCUCAAGAAGACCUGUUUUGUAUGGGACAUUGGUGGCGUUAUGAGGCCACACUAUGCUAGGUUGAAGAUGGAGAAGGUUAAGACAACGUAAUAAUUCCAUGCAGAUGCGUUCGAAUAUAAACAAAUUCAUUGGACCAGCGCUGGAGCGAAAAUGACUGGAAGUGAAUGUUAGCGGUACAGAAAGUUUGCCAUCAAAGUGGAAAAUAAACACAAUCGUAGAGAAUUUCUGUUAACUACCCAGCAAACAAAUAGCCUAACUGUUUUACUGUCAUUCUAUUCGUUUAAAUAUUUUUUCUCAAAAUGAGCUACAGACACUUUACUACUUGAUUUCCCAACCGCUGGUCACGUUUUCGAUGCUUAUCUCCUGUAAAAUCAGCAACAGCGCUGGUUCAAUGAAUGUGUUUAUUUUUGAAUGCUGCCGCAUGGAAUUAUUACGUUUUCUUAUCCUCCGUUUUUUGUUUUUGGGACCUCGACACUAUGGGAACUCACCAUGUUUUUAUUAGUCUUUGUUAUUGAGACUGCUGUAAUUCUGAGACUGUGAGUGUCAGGGGCAUCACGCCCUCUAUGCCUUGUGUUCAAAAUUGCACCCUGAAACUGUGGGAAACCAUUGUGUGGAGUUAGUUUUAUGAAACUGAAACAGCAUUCAAGGCUAAAAUAGUGAUGACUUAUUAUCCUAAUUUCUAGUUUUAAUUUUUAGCUGCAUUUAAGGUUGAUUUAAAUCGCUGGUUCAUUAUUCCCAACUGUAGGACAUGGCGGUUAUGUAUAUUUGCUUUAUGUUUUCUGGAUAUAAAAUGUCCGAGAAACACAUCUAUCUGCAGAAUCAUGCACACACCUGUGAAUGAAGUGCUUUAGUCGUGUGAGACAACUGGCAAGAGCAGUUUUGACGUUCAGUUGUGACGGUUGUGACAGUUAUGCAUUCAUUGUACACUUUUCCUGUUUUGAAAGGUAUUGAAUUAUUUAUUUUCUUAUUCUGACUCUUGUAAGAACUUUACUUACAAAAAAAAUUGUAAAUGUGUACUAGACUUUUACGUUGUAAUGUAUAAACGGUACAAUAUGUUGUCAAUAAUAGGUUAAAAUGUAUAGUUGUUACUUAUGAAUAAUUGUGAUGUAACUGUGAUGCCAUCCUUAGCAUAAGGAUGCCGUGUACAACAUCGCUUUGUGACCUGUUCUCAGGGAGAUACUUUGACAAUUUGAUGAAAUGAAACCUCAGUUAUGAUGCUGAGGUUCAAGUUUAUGAUGAUGCAUGUAUUGACUAAAGGAAGCUUUGCAUAUUCUUACGUGCCAUCAGGACAGUUCAGCUCAUAGUUAAAUGUUUUGUGGGGAUGAACCUUACAUGGAAUGGUCAGUUUGAUAUAUCCCAUUUUUGGGGCGUUGUUUAAAGACAAAUUGGGAUGAGACUGAAAUAAUGCGUAUUAUAACAAUGACCACUGCAAUAGAGUUACAUUUAAACACAUAUGACAAACUAAGAAAUAAAGAUUGAAGUCAUUUGAUAAUCAAUGCGCCAUUGCAGAAUAAUUUUGUAGAAGCCUGUGUAGUAUAGCCAACUUUAGUUAGCUGUGCUGCUUUGCUUCCCCCCCCAGGCGCUGGCAGUUCCCAGAAGUGCUCACACACUGUUUGGUCAGUGUACUUUCAUACCCGUCCUUUGAAUUUAGCAGCCAGUUGCUGUCUCUCUCACUGUCCUCACUCUCUGUCUUCGCUCCUCUCUCCCAAAACGAAUGGUGUUCACACUGCAAGGAGGAAGGGAAAUCUGUCUAGCAAGUGUUUUACCUGUGAUACCACUGCUUAAUAUUUCACUGUUCAACAUGGAUGAAACCAGGGUUGAUGUCAAUUUAAUUUCAAUUCAGGAACAUAAGAGUUUCAGUUUACUUUCUGAAUUGACUUUAUUUAAAUGGUAUUGACCCCAACCCUGGAUGCAAUUUAAAAGCUUGAAAUUAGUAAGUUUCAAUGUUGAGCACAAUGUCACUUUGGAUUGUAGAUCUCAAUGUGCAAUUUUGAUGUAAAGGACUUGAAAAACUACUUCUCAGGGGCAGUAAACUAUGAGUAUAGAUAUAUGUUCAUGAAGAUGUAGAUCCUCUUGUCCUUUUUAGAUAUAAAUCUCAGUAACCAUA